CAAGCAUCACAUAGUUACUACAUUUGAUUUAGGCCGAGGGUUAUUUCAAGUGGAAACCGGUUGUGGUGGCCGAACGUUGGGGAAGGGUGGGAGAAAACAAACUGUCCAUCUUAAACGGAAAACUUGAUCUUGUAAAAAGAUGGAGAUAUAUAAGAUUCCAUGCUCCCAUGUGUUAGCCGUGUGCAGACAACGUAGCUUGUCUUAUGCUCCAUUUGUGGAUAAGUUUUUCUCAUCUGACCAAUACGCGGCCACAUAUCAUAGAUUCUUCAAACCCAUUCCUGAUCGUGAUUAUUGGCCUACUUACAAUGGACCUGAAAUCGUGCAUGAUCCAUCCAUGCUUCGGGCUAAGGGAAGACCUAAGUCGACACGUAUUAAGAAUGAGAUGGAUGAAGGUCCCUGAGGAACGGUUAGAUGUGGAAAAUGCUACCAAUCCGGUCAUAAUAGGGUCACAUGUGCGAAGAGAUCGUCAAGACACGAUGGGGGGUCCAGUGGACAUGGAGGUGACAGCGGAUCCUGGGCCGAGUGAUCAAGAUGACCAUGAGAACUUCUACUUUGCCUUUUGU